UAACUAAUAAUUUUAAGAUGGAUAAUUUAGUUAUUAACAUAUUCAAUUUAAUUUUGAUACAUUCUUUCGAAAUGUUGAUUAGUUAAUACUCGGCAUCAUUUUAUAUUUUGAAGUUAUUUUAAUUAUCUUACAUUUUAAGCCAGGAAAGUGACAAUUAUGUUGAUGAACAAAGGCAUAUGAAGUCAUCUUUUUCAUCAAAAAUAUUUUAUAUUUCAAUGUUUAGUAUAUUCUAUCCCUCAUAUGGCUUUCGAUAUCUAAAGCUAACGUAAAUUGGCCGUUUAUUUUCACUUGUAUGUAUAGAGUUUGUAACUGAAACUUGUAGAUGACAGUCUUGUCAAACUCGUGUUUUGUCGAGUGAAUACUUGUCUACUUGAAUUUUGCUGUGUAGUCAGGAACUGGUGGAUGAAAUACUGUUCCUACAACCUUAAUUGUUGGGCCCAUAGUAUCUUUAUUUGCGUCAAGGAUUUCUUUACGCAGUCGUUGUUGUUAUGGCUGUCCUCGGUUUAUCUUAGAAAUGCAUACAAUAGAAUAUAACACUCAGUAGAAACAAGAAAUGGCUUAUAAUUAUCAUAGAAACUAUAAUGCAACAAUAUAAAAGUCGGGAGAAAAAAACGCUUUGCGAGACUAUAAAGAAAAAGUAAUUGCUGAACUUUCUCUCUGUCCUUAUAGAGACAGGGAGGCAAAUCAGUGCUGACAUUUGGAAUUCAUGAUAGUGAACCAUUUAGAUGUGUAAACAGUGCGCUGACCCAGGUCAGCAUUGAUCCAGGAAACCACGUAUCAAAGAUUUUCCGGCCGCGACCAUUUAGUGGAAUUUUACCAAAAUGUCCUUGCCACCACAAUUUCAUACAAGAACACCUGUAAUACGAAAACUACCAAGUGAAAUACAAUCAGCAGCUAAAGCAGUUGCUCCACCAAAGAUACCAGCCCUGAAGAAUACAUGUCAUUUAUUUAAAUUAAGUCCAAUUUUGAACUUUGAAACUACUCCUGCUAAAUUCAAGAUGUAUUCUACAUCUCUCACAUCUUACUGUCAGUCAAAAACAAAGGGGAUUCAUUCAGUGUCUGUUUCUUCCUGUAAUUUUACAACACUCGAAGGAUUUAAAGUUUCUGAAGCUGACAAAGAUGCUGUACAAUUGACAAUGUAUACCAAAAAGGGCACUCAAAAUAAAAUGAUACUACUGGCACUUAUGUGCUGUGUAGAUUUAUCACCACAUUUUACUGCACAUGAGAAGCCAUUUUCAUGCUACCCAGUUAUGAUCAUUAGAGGAUCUAGCAUGCUUAGAUCUUGGACUUGUGAGUGGUUUGAGAAAGAAUUUCAUGCUAAAAUCAGUCCAUUACAUUUCUCAUCAAUUGAUCUUUGUUGGAUGUUAUCAUUAUGGACUGGCAAGAUCAACUCUGAUGUGGCUUCACCUACCUAUCUUGUGUUUCAAGUACCUGAUGAGAUUAAGGGAAUGAAUGAAGUUAAAAUAGCAAUUGAUACAAAAGAUUUACAGUAUGUUUGGGACAAAAUUCACCCAGACCCAAAUGAUAGUGAAUUUACAAUUGAUCAAGUAAAUGAAUUCAUAUCACAAAUUGAAUUAUUUUACUAUGAGGUUUUGAAAAUAAAAAUCACUUCAUUGAAAUUAAUCAAAAUCAGGAAUGCUUUGGCCUCAGUCUCUGUUAAUGGAGUGUUCAAACUUUGUUCUUCAAAUCAUCUUGUUCAUAUUCUUGGAUUAUUCUGCCAGAUGUCUGUAGAACAGCUGAGUUUUAUUUACACCACUUAAUGGAGAAUAUAUCAUUGGUUUAUGAUCUGUAUUAUGACUAUUUUAUUCCUACUCUGUAUAAUAUUCUUUUAUAAGAAAUCACUAUUUCAAUAAAACAUAUUUUUUGCACUUUAAAAAAAAAAUUUGCAGAAACAACAAACAAACAAUCAAACAA